AUGUCAAGUACAACAUAUGAUGAACUUUGGAAAAACGCAGAAAACGCUUUGGAGGAACUUCUUCAAUUGGAUACAAGUUUACAAAACGCUAAACCGCAAAAAGAUCGCAGAAAAGCACAUAACAUGGUUUCAGAAUUAUAUGUAAGAUAUACAACUAUUUGUAAUAAAUUCGAAUUGUGUUAUGAUCAAGUAAUUCAGCCGCAAAAACGAAUAUUAAUCAAACAAUUAUUAGAUUCGUGUCUUGGUAGGAUUUUAGAAUUGAAACACGAAUUAGUCGAGAUAGAUCUUUCGGAAUAUAGUUAUUUUGACGAUAUUUUAAUAAAGUUAAACGUCACACCACAAGAAGUUGAAAUUCAAGUGCCAAGAUAUUUUAGGCGCGAACGUUUAAAAGAAAUUGAAGAAAAGCGAAAGUACAUAGAAGAUACUCUUAAAAGUAUAGGUGCUUUAGAUGAAGUAAUUAUACCAAAAAAGAUGACGGAAUCUGAAGCUAUAAGGCUUAUACAGGCUCAUGAACGGGCUAGGCAAGGUCGGUUAAAAUUUCAAUUUAUGAAAGAGAUACGUCAAGUGAAAGAAAAAGCUGCAAUUAAAGCAGACGCAAAAGUGAGCGACGAGGCAAGCCAAAAAGCCGCUGUAAUUAAAAUUCAAAAAAUUUGGAAAGGAUAUGUGACUAGGUACAAAAUCCGAAAAAGACGUCUUGAAGAAAUGUUAUUAAUUGGUAUGCUUCAACCAAGUCAAGAAAUUACUGAGAAUGUCAGGCUGGCUGAGAGAGUUAGACAAGAAAGAUAUGAGAAGCAAAUAAAAUACCAAGAAUUGUAUGAAAAUUUAAUGAUUGAAGCUAAGGAAAGAAUUCGCAAAGAAAAGACUGCUAUAAUGGAGGAAAAUAUAAGAAGUGAAGUUCGAAAUUGGAUAAGUACUUAUUUCCAACAGACAGGAAAAAUUCCUGACUUGCCAUCUGUAGAAAGUGGUGGAUCUAGGAUUAUAUUUAGUAGACAGGGAACUGAAAGUACCAUAAGCAAAUCUACUGCAGUAUCAUCAAAGGAAUCCAAAAAAUCUAAAAGGUCAAAAUCAAAGAAAGACAGUGACGGUGAACAGUCAGAGGAAGAGACUGAACAAGGUUUCAAAUCAAUUCCUUCUAAUUUCUUAUCAGUAUUAAUAUGUGCAAAUCAAGAAUAUAAAGAAGUAUGGAAAAAUAAAGAUGAAUCCUCAAAUGCAGCACAAUUGCCAUACUUAGAUAUGAUAGAAAAUGAAAAAACUAAAGAAGUAGAGAAUGAAGUUCGAAUUACAGUAGAUCAAGCACUCAGAGAUGAUAUAGAAGCCUUGCAAAAUGCAUUAGAUAGAGAUAGAGGUUUUAAAGGUAAACGUGCAAAAAAAGUACAAAAAAGAAUUCGUCGUAGUGGGAAAAAGAAUAAAAAGAGGAAGGAAAAAGAUUUAACUCCAGAUAGAACAACAGAAUCUUUAUUUGAAGAAUUACUGACUCAAGGUAUCAUUAAGCUUUAUAGGGAAACUCCUCUUCAUGAUUUCAAAGGUGAAAAGUCUUUUGCAAACCAUAAUUUGAGAGAAAAGGGAAAAGAUCAUUUGCCAACUCUUGGAGAUAUAAGACAGUUAAUAGCUGAAUACUGUAUUCUUCCUUUGGGAAACAGUACUCUUAGAGAAUUGACACCUCUAGUAAGGUCAGUUUUAAUAGCUGGUCCGCAUGGUAGUGGCAAAAAAAUGCUGGUAAAUGCAAUUUGUACAGAACUUGGAGCUACUUUAUUUGACAUUACACCAGCUAAUAUUGCUGGAAAAUAUCCUGGCAAAUCAGGUGUAAUUAUGCUUAUCCAUUUAAUAUCAAAGGUAUCACGUUUGCUACAACCAUCAGUAAUAUUCAUGGAUGGGGCAGAAAAACCAUUUGUGAAAAAAGUUUCAAAAACUGAUAAAACUGAUCCAAAACGUUUGAAAAAAGAUCUUCCCAAAUUAGUAAAAAGUAUUACAAAUGAAGAUAGAGUGAUUCUUAUUGGAAUCUCAAGUUCACCAUGGGAUGGAGAUCAGAAAUGCUUAUACCAAACUUAUGAUAAAGUUAUAUAUAUUCCCAGGCCAGAUUAUGGAAGUGUGUCUCUUAUAUGGAAAGAUUUAUUGUACAAAUAUUCUGGGAUUAAUAGACAAUUUGAUACAUCAGAUAUGACUAAAAUUUGCGAUGGUUUCACUGUUGGCACUAUAUUAGCAUCAAUUAACGAGGUAAUGACGACAAAACGAAUAGUGCAGUUAAGGACUCAUUCUUUGACACAAGGUGAAUUAAUUAACGCAUUGAGUACAAAGGAUCCGGUAUACUGCGAAGAGGAAGACGCGUUUUUAGCGUGGCUCGCUAAAACACCGAUAUAUCGUCAGAAACAACGGGCAAUCGAGCUGGAACUUCAGAAGUUAGAAGAGGUAAAUGAGAAACAAAAAAGAAAAGGA